UAAGAUUCCCGGGAGUUGUAGUUUUUGUAGCUCUGUUGGGGACGCCCGGAAGGGUUAUUGUGGUUGGAGACUCCAAAAGGCGAUAGCGCUUGUUAGCGAUAGCUGGCACCAUGUCCCGACUGUCGGUGCCCUGUCACGUGAAAGGCGCCGUAGCCCUGCAGGUGGGGGACAUGCGGACUUUCCAAGGCCGGCCCGGUGUGGUGGUCAUCGAUGUCACCUUCCCUAGCAUCGAGCCUUUUGAGUUGCAGGAGAUCACAUUUAAGAAUUACUACACAGCCUUUUUGACCAUCCGUGUCCGUCAGCAUACCUCAGCACACACACCAGCUAAGUGGAUGACCUGCCUACGAGACUGUUGUCUGAUGCCUGAUCCACACAGUGAGGAUGGAGCCCAGGAGUAUGUAUCGCUAUUCAAGCACCAGAUGCUGUGUGACAUGACUAGAGUACUGGAGCUGCGUCUGAUUCUGCGGCAGCCGUCACCACUGUGGCUGUCUUUCACAGUGGAGGAGCUACAAAUCUACCAGCAGGGACCAAAGAGCCCCUCUGUGACCUUUCCCAAGUGGCUCUCUCACCCGAUGCCUUGUGAGCAGUCUGCCCUCCUUCUUGAGAAUUCUAAGGGCAGUACUGGGGAGAGACCAAUGGCCAUUGACCCCUCCCUCUGGAGCAGGGUCUCCCAGACCCCAGCAGGGUAUCCUCUGAAGUGCAGCAGAUGUGGGCGCUGACAGAGAUGAUCCGGGCCAGUCACACCUCCACAAGGAUCGGCCGCUUUGAUGUGAGUUAUCUCUUCCCUCUGCUUGGCUUGCAUUGCCCUGAGCAGGUCAGACCUCAUAGUCCUUUGUGUUACAGGUGGAUGGCUGUUAUGACCUGAACUUGCUCUCCUACACUUGAGCUGAGAUUUUGGCCUUUCCCUGCCCACCAGACUUGGUUUGGGCCAUCAGCGGCAGAAGUGUGUUCCCUGUGCAUUCUGACUGUUGUCUGCAUGGCCAUUGUCUGGGCCACGUCCACAGAUUCAAAAUUCUAGGGACUUAUGAUGUUGCUUCAGCGUGAGUUCCUGGCAAGGGUGCAUUCUUUCUUCACCUGGCUGCAACAGAAUUCCUUCUACCCUAAAAAUACUCCAGUUCUUUUUAUUGAGUGCCCUCUGCCCAUCUUGCCCACAUGCACACCCCUGUCUUCUGUGGCUCCCCACCCUGAAGUGCAGUGAGCUGGACUGAACCAGUUCCAUCUAACCCUCAAAGGCCACUGCUACCUUGGCACUGAGGAAGAAAGAGAUGCCCUGUUCUUCCUCUGGGCCCCAUAGCGGCCUUCUUUCUCUUUGUACUAUGUCCACAAAAGAAUUUCUUUUUUAAAACUUUAUUAUUUUUAUUAGUACAUAUUUGUCAUAUAUGUUGAUCACAUUCAUCAUAGGAAAUUUGUACAUGUAUAUAAAACAUCUCAAUUCUUCUUUUCACAAAAAGAAAUUUCUUGUCUAAACUCUUCUGCUACUAUCUGCUUAGGAAGCAAAGCUGGGAUUUUUUUUUUUUUUUUUUUUUUUUUUGGUACUGGGGAUCGAACUUGGGACC